CCCCUCCUUCCUAUGUGGCUCACAGCUCGACAGACCGUGAUGGACGAAUUGAGCUAGAUAACGUGAGUUUCCUUUAUUACACAUGUAAGCAACGAGAGACGACUAAUACGACCUGGGUGGCUGUCAGCUUGGUUGUAAACACAGUGGUGCAAGCAAACUCCAGUGUUGAGCAACUUCGAUGAAGCCGUUUCUGGAAUAGAUGAUCCAUCAACUCUCCUCUCUCCAUUUUAAAGGGCUCCAGGUGACAAUUUUGGCGCUUGUGGCACUUGAAUCUCUUCUUGCCCUUCAGGGUCAACAAGGUUUCGACUGCCUUAUCUUCAGUAUCUGACUCUGUGAGAUCCCAUCCAGACUGUUGACCUUUUUAGUCAGUUUUAAUUAUUCUAGUAGUCUAAUUACUAGUUGGAUAUUGAAGCAAUUAAUCAGUUACCAGGUUGAAAUGAAUCCUUUUGGGAUCAUAUGAGUUUCUUCAAUGAGGACAUUUGAGCAAUCUGAAUAAAUUUAUUUGGAGAAAACUUUAAAAGAUUACCUAGUAGACAAGAGAGACACAGUGUCAUUUUUCUUCUGCCAAGUUUUCCAAGUUCCUGUCAGCACAGAGUGGAAAGAAAAACAAUUUUAUUGCCAAGACAAACAGAAACAGUUGAACAAGAAGUGUUUACCUUUAAGUGUUAGUUUUAAUUUUCAUGAAACAUUAUUGGUCUGUUCUACAAAGUUAGCACUUGGACAAACCUAGAGGAAUCCUUAUCUUUGAAAAUUUUCAUCAUGUUGGAACUGCAAUGUGCAACAGUGCAGUCAGCCAUGAGUGGCAGCUCACAUACAAGUUUCUAGUGAUGGCAUAAUGAGCUUUAUGACCGGACUCAGGUACUGAAAAGAGCAAGAAAGUCAUCAUUUUUUCAUAAAAAGACUUUGACUCAGAUAAAUAGCUGGCAUACCCAGAAGCCCUGGGGAUUUUUUAUGUGGCUACCUACCCAUCUCCUCAGUUUAAGCUCUUUUAUUUUACCCAUGCCUGCAUGUGGUGCAAGGAUGCUCCAUAACACUGCCCCCUGUUCCUGAGAAAGAGAUUGAGGAGGAGAAAGGGUUAAUAGGAAAUGACAGAGUGCCUGACAGAAUGCAAGGCGCUGGUGACUCCAUCCACGCGCAAUGGUCACCGUGUCUUCAGCUACACGCUGGAGAGCCAUACGUCGGCUGCCUUCGCCAUCAUGAACGAGCUGCGUCUGGAGCGGCAGCUGUGUGACGUCACGCUGCGGGUGCGCUACAAGGACCUGGAGGCGGUGGAUUUCGUGGCGCACAAGGUGGUGCUGGCCUCCUCGUCCCCCGUCUUUCGGGCCAUGUUUACCAACGGCCUGAAGGAGUGCGGGAUGGAGUUGGUUCCCAUUGAAGGGAUUCACCCCAGGGUCAUGGAUAGACUGAUAGAGUUUGCCUACACAGCCAGCAUCUCUGUGGGCGAGAAGUGUGUCAUCCAUGUGAUGAAUGGCGCCGUCAUGUACCAGAUAGACAGCGUGGUUAAGGCAUGCUGCGAUUUCCUUGUCCAGCAGCUUGACCCCAGCAACGCCAUCGGCAUCGCCAGCUUCGCUGAGCAGAUUGGUUGCACAGAGCUCCACCAGAAGGCCAGAGAAUACAUCUAUUUGAACUUCAGCCAGAUAGCAACCCAGGAGGAGUUCUUCAACUUGACCCACUGCCAGCUGGUCAACCUCAUCAGCCGGGACGAGCUCAACGUGCGCUGCGAGUCUGAAGUCUUCCAGGCAUGUGUGGCCUGGGUGCGGUACGACCGAGAGAACCGGCGUCCGUAUGUCCAAGCCUUACUCCUGGCUGUCCGCUGCCAUUCCCUCACCCCCAACUUCCUCCAGGCCCAGCUCCAGUCUUUGGACUGGGAUCCACAGUGUAAAGACUACCUGGCCCAGAUCUUCCAAGACCUCACCCUCCACAAACCCACCAAACUUAUUCCUUGUAGAACUCCAAAGGUGCCACAGCUCAUCUACACAGCUGGGGGUUAUUUCCGUCAGUCUCUCAGCUACCUGGAGGCGUAUAAUCCCUGCACGGGAGCCUGGCUGAGGUUAGCGGACCUGCAGGUACCUCGCAGUGGUCUGGCAGCCUGUGUGAUCAGUGGGCUUUUCUAUGCUGUUGGUGGUAGAAACAACGCGCCUGAUGGCAACAUGGACUCAAAUGCUUUGGACUGCUACAAUCCUAUGAACAACUGCUGGCUGCCGUGUGCUCCAAUGAGUGUUCCCAGGAACCGAAUCGGGGUCGGCGUCAUCGAUGGCAUGAUAUACGCUGUUGGUGGUUCACACGGCUGCAUUCAUCAUAAUAGCGUGGAAAGGUAUGAUCCAGAGCGGGACCAGUGGCAGCUGGUAGCCCCAAUGUUAACGCGGCGUAUAGGUGUGGGCGUUGCUGUCAUUAACCGGCUGCUUUAUGCAGUGGGGGGGUUUGAUGGUGCCAACCGGCUCAGUUCCUGUGAAUGCUACAACCCUGACAGGGAUGAGUGGAGGACCAUGGCCCCGAUGAACACUGUGCGGUCCGGCGCAGGUGUGUGUGCACUGGGAAAUCACAUCUUUGUGAUGGGCGGAUAUGAUGGCACCAACCAGCUGAACUCAGUAGAGCGCUAUGAUGUAGAAACAGAUACAUGGAACUUUGCUGCCUCCAUGAGGCACAGGCGCAGCGCUCUGGGAGUCACUGCCUUACACGGACGCAUCUAUGUAUUAGGAGGUUAUGAUGGCAACACUUUCCUGGACAGCGUGGAGUGUUACGAUCCAGAGCAGGACACCUGGUCGGAGGUGACGCACAUGACAUCGGGGCGUAGCGGCGUGGGUGUGGCUGUCACUAUGGAGCCCUGCCAAAAGGAUCUGCUGCAGUGUCAGAACUCUGAGAGGGAGAGAGGUGCACCGUCGCCAACCAGUCAAUCUGCCAAAGCUGGUUGUCACCUCACUGGACCCUUUGUGUAAGCCACGUGAAGUUUGACGUUGUCACCCUCGCUCCAAAACUCAGCUCUGACCCAAGCUGAAAUGCCACACCCUGCCUCACUGACUUUAAAAGUGGAAGAAAAAAAGAAAACACAAGAGUAGUAUUUCCUUCUCAGUGCACUGCUGAUAUGAGCUGAUUAUUAGCAUUAACUAUCCAUGAUGGCCCUCAGUCUAGUUUCUUCCUCAUGACAUCUGAUUAAUUUGUUUGUGCUAUAAUGUGACAGAGCUCAGUUCAUCUGCAUGUUCACAUCUGGCUCUUCAAGCCCUCAGACCAUCUUCUACUUGAAAAGGGCUGAAAACUUAGAAAGUCAUUUUAUUUUUCAUUUAAAUCUAAGGAGAGAUAAAAAAAAUA